GAUUGUUCCCCCCGCCCUCCCCCUGCUUCUCCGCGCGCACGACGCUCACAACUCCUGCCCAGGGAUUGGAAGCGGGGCGCAAGAGCCCAUCUCCAAAGAGGAGGUUUCGCCGCCCGCCGCCAGCCCUUUAAACAAAGGCUUGGAGGGUUUGCUCAGCGAGCGCCUCUGCCUGCUUCUCUGUUUUUGAGGAUAAUCUGUGCGUUUUUAGAAAGCGCAAAUAGUUUUGUUUUUGGGAUCCAGCUCCAGAGUGUCACCGAAACAACAUGAAACAGAUCUGUGUAUUGCAACGCCGGGCGGCAGGAAGCUUCUAACUCGGACCUACAGACUGACUGGAUCUGGAAGUAGUCAGUGGCGCUGAUCACCCCACCUUGGGAAGGUGGUCUUUGCUAUGUAAGUUGACUUUUCCAUUUGUUUCUUUGAAUUCAUUGUUAAAUUCGCCUUUAAAAAAAAAAGUGACCAGAUUUCUAGUACGUCGCCUAGAGAGGUGAAGAAGCGCCUUUAAUAACAAACGAAUAAAAUCUUCUCACCACCACUGUCCUUUUCCUAUGAUUUCAAACAUUUCCUAGUGAGGCCUGAUCCGGUGUGUGUCACACAGCGUGAUCCUAGGAUAUCUACUCAGAAGUAAGUUCUGUUGAGUUCAAUGGGGUGUGCAACAAGGUACGAUAAGUGCGGCAUCAGACGAUCAUUUCCAGCCACACCUUUCUGGAGAUAAGCCCCUCUGAUCUCGGCGGUACUUACUUCUGAGUAGACAUGCCAAGGAUUCUGAUCUAAGGCUCCUGAAACCGAUAAGACGACUAAUUUAUUUCGGCAGGGGUCGUGGUGGGUGUAAUCUUUCUGCUUUCAUGUCUGAGACUUUUAAGCAACAGUUUUUAUAGGAGGCCCACGAAUCUUCUCACCUUGAUGUAGCAAAACAAAACUGCCUUUCUUUUUUCUUUUGAGAGUGCUUUUAGUUCCAAAGUUUCUUCAAAUCUGUGUUUGCUUGCAAUAAAAAGAUACCACAGUGCACAUUUUCUGAUUAUGAUCAUUGAAUGGGGCUUCAGUCAUCACACCACACUCCCACACCCCCAUAGCCUCUUUCUCUUUAAAAUCCCAUUAAAUAUUCUUUUUCUGUUUUUUUAAAAAUGGAAGUUUGGUAUUGCCCCCCCACUUGUUGACUGCUUUACAUUUCUGCAUUUUUAGUGUAAGUUGGCACAAACACAUACAUUUACAUAGUUCUUUGGCCAUCUUCUCUGCAGCUAAAAUGCUAAAUCAUUUUAGAAAAGCACAGAUUUUAGUUUUAACUCUAUGGGUCAACAUUAAACAGUAGUUUGGGGUGUCUACAUUUUUACAUUUUACAUUUCAGCACUCAAAAGGCAUUCCUGUUAUUGUAAAACUUAUCUUGUUUUAAAUCAUAUCUUUAUUUCUGUGUAAAGUAUGAUUAAACAGGCAAUAGAUCUGGACACUUGAUUUUUCUUUCAUCUGUGUGAUUCCAUUUAGGUGCAUGAUAACAGCUGCUAUCCAGUGAGUUGUUGUCAUUCCAAUGGUCAGAUAAAAUCAGAGUAUCAUAAAGCACAACUGAAGCAAAAACAAGAGAAAUAAAAUGUAAUAAAUGUUUUAAAAUGUAAUGCUCCUUUAUUCCCUAGUAAGUUGUUUAGGACUGCUUAACUUAGGAUCCAGCCAGAGUUCUGCCCAUUUCUUCAUUCAUUUCUGGGAUUUGUAUCUUUCCAUGUUUGUAUUAUGAGUGGAUUACAGUAUUUUAUUGUAUUACAUUGAUAAUAUGAAUAUUGAUAGAUACAAACCCCAGAAAUGAAUGAAUGAAUGAAUGAAUGGCUGGAUUGUGAGUAAAUGUAGCAUACAGUAAUUAUGUAUGAAGCCUGAAACUAUAAUUUACAGAGCUACAGUUCUCAGCACCCUUAACAAACUACAGUUCCCGGGAUUCUUUGGGGAAAACCAUGUGCUUUAAAUGUAUGGUGUGGGUUCAACCUAAGUGCAAGACUACCUCCAUCAGUUCCCUGUUAUGCAACGAGGUGCCAAGUAUAUUAGCAGCAGGUUAUAUCCAACCAAGUUCUGCUCAGAACGGACCCAUUGAAAUUAACUGGCCUAAGCUAGUCAGGUAUACUAAUUUCAAUUUGUCCACUCUAUAACUAACAUAGAAUACAACCCAGAAUCCCAAAGCUGUCCUGAGUGCCUGAUACAAGGAACAAAGAUGUGUCCCAUCUUGAACUGCUGUGUAGUCUCAAAGCACCUCAUCACAUGCACAAAGCCUUGAUAGAUCAAACCAAAGGUUCAUCAGGCCCAGAAGUCAUAUGGUCACAGAAGCCAACCAGAUGUUGAUCAGACACCCACAAGGAAGUCAUGUUGAGAGCAAUAGCUCUCUCCCCACUGUUGACCCACAGUACCUGGUAUUCGGAAGCAUGGAUCUUAAAGGCUAUAUUUAACCAUUGUGACUAGUGGUCAUUGAUAGCCUCAUUGCCAGGCUCCCGUUCCCAAAACACAAUAACAUGCACACAGGUUUCCAUCUGUUUUUGGGUGCUGUUGGGUGUUGAAUUUGAAUUAAGAUGGCAGACUGAACCUUUCAAAACUGCACUGAUUUUUUGGCUUAGAAUUCCUGAGCAACACCAGCUGGUUAUCUAUAAUGCUGUCAAACUACUGAGCAUCAGAAGGGUUAUUUCUGCUCAAAGUAUGUUGUGUUUAAUAUAAAUAAUUUCUCAUUGUAUAUAAAUACAAUGGAUGGUGGAACUAGAAGGAUGGGGAAGUUCAGAGUUCAAAAUCUGCUCAGGAUAUCCUCAUGUCUGGGUAUUCUUCAUUGCUUUUCUCCUUAGUUAGUGAACUGCAGGGAAUAAAGCAGGAAGCUAACUGGAUUGCUCUGGAUUGAUUUCAGAGGUUGCAGAAAUAGCCAAAAACGAGCAAGAAACCCAGAUUGAUUUCAGAGAAUAUCUUGGUUUCCUCUUCUGCUUCUAAAGCAGACCUCUUUCCUAGGGGGAGGACCAUAGUGCAGUGGUAGAUCAUCUGGUUUGCAUGCAGAGGGUCCCAAAUUCAAUCCCAGGCAUCUCCAGGUAGUUCUGGGUAUGUCCCUUGACUGAAGCCUUGGAGAACAGCUGUCAUUCUGUCUAUAUAAUACUGAGCUAGAUGGACUUGGUAUAAGGUAGCUUUCCUGUGUUCCUAGCUUGUAAGUCACUUGGUAAACUCAGUUGCUUGCCUUUCAGGUGGAGGAAUCAAAUGCUUUCUCUAUCCUUUUCCUUUAAGAAAAAAAAGGGGGGUGUAUUACCAUUGCAAUGGGCAUAUUGUAUUGAAUUUCUAUGAACAUUCAGUUUUGCUAGUGAGUAGUUGAGCAAGGGGAAAUGGUGGAAGAUGGAUAAGGUUACUUGGCUGUUGUAACUUUCUUUAAUUCAGAAGGGUUUAAGGACAUAGAAUUGACUAUCUGGAUGGUUACCAAUUCCAGAUUACCUUAAUCUUCAACACACAUAAUUCAUAGGAUAGCUGUGAGUGGCAUUAAUAUUGAACUGUUUGCUUUGGAAUUGCUGGCCUUAAUGAAUGAUUUUGAGAACUAUGAUGCAGCUUGUAAUGGGCAGACCAGACAUGAAUUUUAUCUUGUAUUCUGGUGCUGCAUAGUUAUUUUCUCCCCUAGCUAUCUGGAAAUGAGUGGGUGGGGGUGGGGCGAUAGAAGCAAACUGCAUCAGAACUGUGGGAAGAAGAGAGAUACUUGUUCCCUGGUUAAUGCUGCCUCCACUUGCCUCCCUGUAAGUUCCUUGAGGCAGAGGUCUGCUGUUCUUGUAUUCUGUAAAGCACCAUGUACCGUACAUUUAUGAUGAUGAUGAUGGUGUGUGUGUGUUUAUAUAGUGUGUUUUAUAUAUAUAGUGUGUGUGUAGGGGGGAAGGUUUGGGAAAUCGUCAGCCAUCUGAAGGAUUCAUGGGGUAUCAGUGUCAAUAAUGAAUUGCAUUUUGUUUACCAACUAUGUUAAAUCAUAUUUUAAAAAUGUACACAUUUUCUAUGUGCACAACAAUGCAAAUGGCAUAAUUACCUUAGCAAACAAAAGAGUCCUUAGUUUAAAGAAAUCCCUUUAAAACAUAAGAAAAGCCCUGCUGGAUCAGACCAAAGAAUCGUCUAGUACUCCAGCAUUAUGUUCUCACAGGAGCCAGCCAGUUAGAAAUGGUAUAAUACUGCUUUAAAUGUAUAGUGCAGAUGUGACCUCUGACUCCCCUUCUGGUGUCACUCAACUACUUGAGUUUGGUAUUUGAAGGAGUGAUUGGACAUUUGGAAAUCUCCUGUUCGUGUCUCUGUCCUAUCUGAAACUGGGGGUGGGAGAUGUGGGCUAGGAGAGUUAUGUUUGAUUUGGUAGGUCACAAACUGUGCAUUUCCAGCUUACCAAAUUUGCAGAUUUUCCUUGGCAAAAGUUUUCCAAUCACUCAUUGGAACAACAAGGAAAUAAAAACAAGUGCAGGUAAGUCCUUAACAAAAGUAGUACAAAUGGAAUAAUGGGUCUUUUUCAUCAGUGCUCUUGCGGGUAAGAGAGUCCAGAUGAGAGUUGUGUGUGGCAAAUCUAAGGAUGAUUUGUCAGCAAGUCCUUUGAGAGCCAGCUUUUGAAUGUAAUAUUUAUUUCCUUUCAAAUGCACAGCCUGCAGAAACCAAAAAGGUAAGAGCUGUAGGGCAGCUGGGGUUUGUUUUAUAUAACUAAUACACAUAUUUAUUCAACUGGACAUAUGUAAAUUUAUGUUUUGAGUCUGCAUAAAUGCAAGUACUCAUAAAGCUGAGCCCAAAUUUAGAUUCAUAACCAGCAAGAUUGGGAAUCUCCCCCCCCCCUUUUAAAUGAAGCUGUUGAAAAGAAAGAAAGAGGCUUAUGCAUAAAAAGGUUUCUUUUUCUUUUAUUAAAAAUUGCAAGUUCCUGCAUUGAUCCAUUGGGUGAAUAUACACACACACAAAAGCAACAGUACUUUUAAAAGGAUUGACUGAAAGGUCACAAGGAAAUGAGUGAGCAUCUUGAGAUCAUCAGAACACAAGUUUGAUUAAUCUGAAAAAAUGUGAUUUUUUUUUUAUCCCAAUAAGCUAUAUUCCUCACUGUUGCAGUGUUGCUUUAUGGAUUUUUAGAGAAAUAAAGGCUCCAUAUGCAGCAUGUAUUAUAACACAGUUACAUUAAACGGUAGGUUCAAAGAACUGCAGUUUUUUAAGGGCGAAGAAAGUGGUUAGAGGAGACCCCUAUUCCCAUCACAGAGCUACAGUUUCAGAGUAGUUUUACCACCCCCCUAAAAAAAUGCUUAUGGGUACUCUCAUUUUCCUACUCAUAUUGAAAUAAUGCCCCUCAAUGAGGCCAAACUUAGAUUCACAAAAUGUUUAGGGGUAUGCAUACCCUUGCGUCCCCCCAGAAAAAAAGCACUGAGUUUAACAGUCAAUCCCUCUUCCCAGGGAACUUUGUGAAUUGCAACUCUUUGAGGUGAAGACAGAUCUCCUAACAACUCUCAGCACCCUUAAGAAAUAUAGGUCCCAGGAUUUGGUGGGGUGCGGAGGAGCCACGGGUGUUUAAAGGGAUAUCAAGGUAAUGGUAAAGGGACCCCUGACCAAUAGGUCCAGUUGUGACCGACUGGGGUUGCGGCGCUCAUCUCGCUUUACUGGCCGAGGGAGCCGGCAUACAGCUUCCGGGUCAUGUGGCCAGCAUGACUAAGCCACUUCUGGUGAACCAGAGCAGCGCACGGAAACGCCGUUUACCUUCCCGCUGGAGCAGUACCUAUUUAUCUACUUGCACUUUGACAUGCUCUCAAACUGCUAGGUUGGCAGGAGCAGGGUCCGAGCAAUGGGAGCUCACCCCGUCGCGGAGAUUCGAACCGCCGACCUUCUGAUCGGCAAGUCCUAGGCUCUGGUUUAACCCACAGCGCCACCUGUGUCCCUUAAAGGGAUAUAAUAGUGCUUUAAAUGUAAACAGCAGAUGGGACCACGGUCAACAAUGGGGGGUCUUAUGAUAGGGAACUUGGGUUAUAUUGAGAGAUACAUUGAAAUAUAGCUUAGUUGGUAGAGCAUGAGACUCUUAAUCUCAGGGUUGUGGGUCCAAGCCCCACGUUGGGUGAAAGAUUCCUGCAUUGUAGGAAGGGACUAGAUGAUCCCUGUGGUUCCUUCCAAUUGUGUGAUCCUCUGAAUUAUCUGAUCACUCAGCUUAUCGGCUAAGAUGAUUCCCGAGGUCACCCAGUAAGCUUCAUGGCUGGCUUGAGCUUGAACCCAGGUCUUUCUAGGUCUUCUCCAAUACUGCAAUACUAUACCAUAUUGCUGUUAAUAUCAUUAUUCCUGUAUAGAGCUAUCACCCCUCCACUGACAUGAACAAUGAAUAUUUUACAGGUCUAUGGAGCUCAAUGCCUAUAACACCUGACAAUUGGCCAUUCUAACAAGGGCUGAUGGGAGUUGUAGUCCAAAACAUCUGAUAGCCAAAGGUUGGAGGAUGCAGAUCAGGCAUGGGAAAAUUCGGCCCUCCAGAUGUUUUGGGACUACAACUCCCAGCAUCCCUGACCACUAGUCCUGUUAGCUUGGGAUGAUGGGAGUUGUAGUCCCAAAACAUCUGGAGGGCCGAGUUUGCCUAUGCCUGAUGCAGAUGUACAGUGUGCAUGUCAUACAUACCAUUACAGUAAUGUGCACUCUGUACGGUUGGCUGGUGUUCUUGAUGCCGCGAUGGGAAACCUGUGUCUCACCAACUUUUCUGACCAUUAGGGCUGCUGGAACUUUACGAAGGGUCACCAGUUCCCCAACCCUUAAUGACAAUGAGGCUGAAGUGAGGAGCAGCUUCAUAGUUUACAACCCGUACUCAUGCAGUGCGAUGCUGCGUGUUUUUACACAGAGGUAUGUCCCUCUGUGUAAAAACAGGGACGGGACGCGGGUGGCGCUGUGGGUUAAACCACAGAGCCUAGGGCUUGCCGAUCAGAAGGUCAGCGGUUCGAAACUCCGCAACGGGGUGAGCUCCCGUUGCUUGGUCCCUGCUCCUGCCAACCUAGCAGUUCAAAAGCAUGUCAAAGUGCAAGUAGAUAAAUAGGUAUCGCUCCGGCAGGAAGGUAAACGGCGUUUCCGUGCGCUGCUCUGGUUCGCCAGAAGCGGCUUAGUCAUGCUGGCUACAUGACCCAGAAGCUGUACGCCGGCUCCCUCGGCCAAUAAAGCGAGAUGAGCACCGCAACCCCAGAGUCGGUGACGACUGGACCUAAUGGUCAGGGGUCCCUUUACCUUAUGUCGCUCUGAGUCCAUUGGAUUGUAUCCAACUCUAGCCCUAUUUAGAGUAAAUCCAUUGAAAUUAAGGGGCAUGGCUAAUUGAAGUCUGGGUAGGACUUAGUUAAGAUUUCCUUCCAAAUCAGCAUGUUUAAGAUUGUAGCAAUCUUAAGCAAACUGAGUAGGAAAUAAAUUCCAAACUGCAUGCUGUUAUUCUAUCAGAUUUAGCUUGUUCUUGAAUUUUAAAGAGGGGGGAGGACAUAAGUGCAAGAUAAGUACAGUGGUACCUUGGUUUUCGGACGUCUCAAAAGUCGAAUGUUUCGGCUUUUAAAUGCCGAAAACCUGGAAGUAACUGCUUCGGUUUUGACUGCUUUUCGGAAGCUGAACAUGCCACGUGGCUUCCGUUUUGAGUUUUCCAGACAUAAGUGCUUCCGGAAAUGCCUGCUUCAGUUUUCAAAUGUUUUGGAAGUCGAACGGUCUUCCAGAAUGGAUUGUGUUCAAAAACCAAGGUUUCACUGUAUUUGUUAUUUCCUGCCUCCACAUAUAAGUUUAAUACAGAUUGUACCUUGAAAACUUGUUGGAUCUGAAUUACAGAAGCAAAAUAAGCUAUUGGGCAGAGUGAGAUGCAGUGGAUGCUGUGAGACAGGGAAUAGCAGCAAGGUGUCAGAGGACAGUGCAAGUGUGUACAUUUCCUUUUAUAUGCCUCCUAGCUCAGAACUGAGGGACUCGGGUGGCGCUGUGGGUUAAACCACAGAGCCUAGGACUUGCCGAUCAGAAGGUUGGCGGUUCGAAUCCCCGUGACGGGGUGAGCUCCCGUUGCUUGGCCUCUGCUCCUGCCAACCUAGCAGUUCGAAAGCACGACAAAGUGCAAGUAGAUAUUUAUCUACUUUAUAGAUUCAUCUACUUUAUAUUUAUAGGUACCGCUCCGGCGGGAAAGUAAACGGCGUUUCCGUGCGCUGCUCUGGUUCGCCAGAAGCGGCUUAGUCAUGCUGGCCACAUGACCCGGAAGCUGUACGCUGGCUCCCUCGGCCAAUAAAGUGAGAUGAGCGCCGCAACCCCAGAGUCAGUCACGACUGGACCUAAUGGUCAGGGGUCCCUUUACCUUUACCUUACCUCAGAACUGAAGCAAAACGGUGUGAAUUUUUCCAGAGAACUCUUGAAAUUGUCUAAGAUUUGCUAUUUCUGAAGCCAUACAAAAAGAGGAGGAAUUUGUCAUUUGAUGUGGUUCCAGGCUCCUGACUAAUGGUUCCUUUUGUCAAAAGCAUCCUGGGUCAGAUGUUAGAUCAUGUAUUACAAGAGGACACAAGCCACUGGAAUGUCUGCUGUUUCUCCCACUGCAGCCAUUAAUAUUCCCAGCACUGUCAGACAGUGUCAGUGGCACGACAUGGAGAUGACUUUGAGGUUUAACCUGCAAAACAUGCUCUUUCCGGCUCGCUGUGGUCCUUCCCCAAAUAGAACCAAGUACUAUGUCGGACACCAAAUAUAAUAGAACCUAGAAACGUUCUUUGAAAUGACAACUGCUUUAGAAGGCAAAGAGCACACAGGUGAAACAGGAAAUAACUGGAUUUUUUUUAAAUGCACACAUGCUAUACAGCACAAGGACCAUAUUCCCUUCAGGGCAACUUCCCAGGAGUCAGCAGUGGGCAAGGCCAGAGGGAAAAGGGAUUGGAGCAACAAAUGCAAAUUUCAUCUUUGGACAAUAGGCUAACUCACAUUCCCCUCUCCAUCCUCUGUGCAAGCAAGCAAGAGGCAUUAUCAGAGUUCAAGGAUACAUUCCAGCCAAGAGCAUGUGAAAAACAACAUUGAAGGACUGGGUGAUUAGGAGUGGUUUGUUGAGGUGAUGUGGUUGGAAGACUUCUGAGGGCCAGAGAGAGAGAGACCAGAAAUGUUGAUUAGGUUCCCUGCCCAAGGUUCCCUCCUUCUGGAAUACAGCAUCAUUCCCCGCACUGUUGUUCUCCAGAUAUCGCUGGACUACAACACCUGUUGGCCCCAGCCAGCAUGUAUGCUUGAAUCCAACUCAUACACAGAGAAAACCCAUUGAAAUCAAUAGACACGACUAAUGUAAGUCCAUAGAUUUCAGUGGGUCUAUUCGGAGUAUGACUUAGUUGGAUUCAGUCCAGAGAGUCUGGCCCCCAUCUGCACAAUAUCAUGCCACUUUAAACAACCAUGUCUUCUUCCUCACAAAGAAUCCUGGGAGGUGUUGUUUGCUAAGGGUGCUGUGAGUUGUGAGGAGACCUCUAUUCCCCUCACAGAAUCAGAUCCCAGAGUGGUUUAACAGCCAAUCCCUCUUACCAGGGAACUCUUUGAGGAGGAGGAGAGUCUCCUUAGCACCUGUAACUAACUUGCCACGAUUAUUUGGGGUAUGUUUUAUAUAAAUUGGGAGGUACUUAGACUAAGUAUUUGAGAACUGAUUGCUUUUUCCUUUCUGGUUUUCCCCAGGAGAAUGGCACCCAUCACACCUGUGUGGCAACAAGCAUUCAAUCAAUAUCACUGGAAUCUGCUCCUUAAGGCGAGCAGGGCUUCCUGACUUUCAUUGCAUGGAUUCCACUUAAUUUGGCUUUGCAAAGUGCAGAGCUGUAAUGGGGAAUCACAGCAACAACCACACAUGCAUGACGGAUGAUUCCUUCAAGUACAACCUCUAUGGAGCUGUCUACAGCAUGGUGUUCAUCCUUGGCUUGAUCACCAACUGUGCUUCCUUGUUCGUAUUCUGCUGCCGCAUCAAUAUGCGAUCUGAGACCACCAUUUUCAUGACCAACCUGGUGGUCUCCGACUUACUCUUCGUCUUCACUCUUCCAUUCAAGAUCUUCUACAACUUCAACAGGCACUGGCCCUUUGGAGACCUUUUGUGCAGGAUCUCAGGGACAGCCUUCCUGACCAACAUCUACGGGAGUAUGCUGUUCCUCACAUGCAUCAGUGUUGACCGCUUCCUCGCCAUCGUAUACCCGUUCCGAUCUCGCACCAUUAGGACAAGGAAGAAUACAGCGAUCGUGUGCAUGGGUGUGUGGAUUCUCGUCCUCAGCGGAGGGAUCUCAGCAUCCUUGUUCUCCACCACCAACACUUACAACACUAGUACAACGUGCUUUGAAGGCUUUUCCAAAAGCAUAUGGAAGACCUACUUGUCCAAAAUUACAAUAUUUAUUGAAGUGGUUGGCUUUCUUAUUCCCUUGCUGCUCAACCUCAUUUGUUCAUCACUGGUCCUGAGGACCCUCCGGAAACCUGCCACGCUUUCCCAGAUUGGCACCAACAAAGAGAAAGUGCUGAAGAUGAUUGUUGUACAUUUGGCCAUCUUCCUGGUGUGUUUUGUGCCUUACAACUCCAUCCUUUUCUUGUAUGCCCUCGUGCGUUCUCAGGCCAUAGCAAAUUGUUUCUUGGAGAGAUUUGCGAGGACAUUCUAUCCAAUCACACUGUGCAUCGCCACUCUGAACUGCUGCUUUGACCCUUUCAUCUACUACUUCACAUCAGAGUCUUUCCAGAAAUCUUUCUACAUAACCCCCCACCUCAAAACUGACUCUCUUUUCAAAACUGAAACUCCCUUAACAAAAAUUGCGCUACCGGUGAUGCAGGAUGAGAUGAGCGACCAAGCCAUUACAAAGGGGGGAGAGCUGACAUCAGAAUCAAAUUUCUGAGUCUGAGAUUUUUGCACUGACAGGAGGCUGAGAAUUGGACUUCAGAGAAAACUCUACAUAACUCACUGUCUGGGUGAAGGGAAUGGGGAUGAGAGAUGAGAACCACAGGGAAGCGUUUUAUAUAUGUGUGUAUACGUAUGUACGCAGCCAGUUGGGUGCUCAUUCUGCCUUUGGAAACCUUCUCAUCAUAUCUUAACUCAAAUAACACUGUCCUUUUGUAUGAUUUGCUUUUGAAGCUAUGAAAUAAUAAAAUAUUUCACUUUA